AUGUCUAAUGUCGAAUCUGUUGUUGUUGCUGUAGUAAUUAGUGAAUCGACCCGCGUAAGAGGGUUGAGAUUUGAAGUAGAUAUUGUAGAGAUGGUUCGAUUCGUCAUUCAAUGCAAAAAUUGGGUCACAACUAAUAUAGGUACUAUUAUGUUAAAUCAUAUUCCAAUUAUUAAUUAUUAUAAAUCCAAAGUUAUAUUCACAGGUCGCCCAAUCGUAGAUGAAUUGCUUGGGGUACUCAUUCGAACCCAACAACCGAAUGGAACCAUAGGUAUUAUAGUAGCCCCUUCUAUGAAUAACUUUACACCCGGAGCGAUAGAUGCAGCAGUAGAGAUAGCAGAAUCAUCUGCUCCAACUUAUCCCAUCAUUGUAACGGGUAAAGCUCAAUUGCCAAAAUAUUUAAUUAAUGCUGUUCUUAGUAGACUACUUAAUAGACCUUAUACUUUUGUCCUUUUACCAUGA